CAACCAGCUGGUGAGGUGAUUGUUGGUGGAUUUCGAAAACUUAUGCUCUACAAAAUACUGAUGUUCUAAGGGAUGUAAUAAAACUGUUUUUUUUUUUUCAUUCACAAUGGUACUUCAAAAUACCGGUAAAUAUAAAGCUGAUAAAAAUGAUAACUCUGGACGACGGGAGGCAGGAUCCUCUUCAGGUCCAAGAGAGGAAUCUUCAGAAUCACGAAUUCGGAUAGCAAUAGAAAAUGAUAGAAUCGACUCAAAGUAUGGAUUUGAUAGAGUUCGUGAUACAAAGGAACGUACCGGUUAUCUUAUUAAUAUGCACAUGGCAGAAGUACUUGAUGAAGACAAGAGGCUAGUUGCAGCCAUGGAUUACUAUUUUAUUGAGAUGGACGGGGCAAGGUUUAAAAUAUCACUGACUUUUCAACCUUAUUUCUUGAUCAUGGCUCGUAAGGAAUGUGAACAAGAAGUUAUACAAUACUUGUCUAAGAAGUUUGUUGGUACCAUACACAAAAUAGAAGUUAUUGAAAAGGAAGAUUUGGACUUGCUAAAUCAUCUAACUGGUCUAAAACAGCGUUACAUAAAGCUAUCAUUCAUGUCCCAAAAUGAAAUGAUGAAAGUGAGAAGGGAAAUAUUGACUGCAGUGAAUAAAAAUAAAGAGAGAGAGAAGAAAGAUGCAAUCUAUGCUGAGAUGUUAACAAAUGCACUCACAAGUGCUGCAGCUAUUGAACAUGCUAAAAAAACUACAGAUCACAUGGAGAAUAUUUUGGACAUUAGAGAGCAUGACGUCCCAUAUCAUGUCAGGGUGUCAAUUGACAUGAAGAUAUUCUGUGGAACCUGGUAUACAGUAAAAUCCAGAGGCACAGAAACACCAAUUUUCACAAAACGUGAAGACCUGCUUGAAAGACCAGAUCCGAUUGUUCUCGCGUUUGAUAUUGAAACUACGAAAUUACCUCUGAAGUUCCCUGACUCACAAACAGACCAAAUUAUGAUGAUAUCAUACAUGAUAGAUGGUCAGGGAUAUUUAAUUACGAAUAGAGAAAUAAUUUCAACUGAUGUAGAAGAUUUUGAAUAUACACCUAAGCCUGAGUUUGAAGGGCAAUUCAUUAUAUUCAAUGAAGUAAAUGAGUUGGCUCUUAUACAAAAAUUUUUUGAUCACAUAAUGGAUGUGAAGCCUCAUAUAUUCGUUACAUACAAUGGUGAUUUCUUCGACUGGCCAUUUGUGGAGGCACGUGCGGCGAUACUAGGGCUGGAUAUGAAACAGGAGAUCGGUUUCAGUAAAAUAGCGGCUAGAGACGGCACCUACGCCUGUAGACCUGCUAUGCAUAUGGAUUGCUUAUGUUGGGUAAAACGUGAUUCGUACUUACCAGUUGGGUCACAAGGCUUAAAAGCAGUAGCCAAAGCCAAAUUACGAUAUGACCCAGUGGAACUUGACCCAGAAGAUAUGUGCAGGAUGGCUGCUGAACAGCCACAGGUGCUCUCAAAUUACUCAGUAUCUGACGCAGUAGCGACGUACUAUUUGUACAUGAAGUAUGUACACCCAUUUAUAUUUGCUCUGUGCACAAUCAUUCCUUUGGAACCGGAUGAGGUACUCCGCAAAGGUUCAGGUACGCUAUGCGAGUCGCUGCUGAUGGUGGAAGCGUUCCACGCUAACAUUGUGUUCCCGAACAAGCAAGUUGAAGAACUUAACAAGCUCACAGCUGAUGGCCAUGUUCUGGAGACGGAGACGUAUGUGGGUGGACAUGUGGAGGCACUGGAGUCGGGUGUGUUUAGAGCAGACAUCAAAUGCAAAUUUCGUAUAGUGCCUUCAGCCGUGGACAAACUGAUAGACGGCAUAGAGAAGACAAUGAAACACGCGAUAGAGGUAGAGGAGGGGAUCCCCCUCGAUCUGGUGACGAAUUUCGAUGAAGUGUGUGGUGAAAUUAAAGCAAAGUUGGAGCACAUGAGAGAUCAUCCGAGGAGAGACGAAAAUCCGCUUAUAUACCACUUGGAUGUUGGCGCUAUGUACCCUAAUAUUAUAUUGACUAACCGACUACAACCGUCAGCCAUGGUGUGUGCGAGUGUGUGCGCGGUGUGCGACUAUAACCGGCCCGGCGCCGACUGCCAGCGGCACAUGGACUGGAUGUGGAGGGGGGAGUAUUUACCAGCGACAAGAAGUGAAUACCAGCGGAUUCAACAGCAAUUGGAGACGGAGAAAUUCCCGCCAUUACAUCCGGGUGGGCCGCCUAGAGCGUUCCAUUCUUUGCCCAAAGAAGAGCAGGCGGGUUACGAAAAGAAGCGCUUGGCGGACUAUUGUAGGGUCGCCUAUAAAAAGACCAAAGUGACGCGAACGGAAGUUCGCACUACCACGAUUUGUCAAAAGGAAAACUCCUUCUAUGUGGACACUGUUAGAGCUUUCAGGGAUCGUCGCUACGAAUACAAAGCGCUAAACAAACAGGCCAAAGCGCUGGUGGCGGCGGCCGUAGCGAGCGGAGACGCGGCAGAAGUCAAGUCGGCUAAGAGCCGCGAAGUGCUUUAUGACUCAUUGCAACUGGCCCACAAGUGUAUUCUGAAUUCCUUUUAUGGAUAUGUCAUGAGGCGAGGAGCUAGGUGGCACAGUAUGGAGAUGGCUGGUAUCGUGUGUUAUACGGGUGCGAAUAUCAUCAUGAGGGCGCGAGAGAUCAUCGAACAAGUCGGCAGGCCACUUGAGCUCGAUACAGAUGGUAUUUGGUGUAUUCUACCCUCAUCUUUCCCAGAAAAUGUUACAGUACACACUACCCACCAGAAGAAAAAGAAAAUCAAUGUUUCAUAUCCUAACGCUGUUCUUAAUGCUAUGGUUAAGGAUUAUUUCACCAACGAUCAAUAUUACGAAUUAGUGGACCCAGAAGAGAAAAAGUAUAAAAAGCGUGCAGAGAAUUCAAUAUUUUUUGAAGUAGAUGGGCCUUAUCUUGCUAUGGUUCUGCCAGCUUCCAAAGAAGAAGGAAAGAAACUGAAGAAACGAUAUGCUGUCUUUAAUUUCGAUGGUUCUUUAGCAGAAUUAAAAGGUUUCGAAGUAAAACGUCGUGGCGAGUUGCAAUUGAUAAAAAUCUUCCAAUCAUCAGUAUUUGAGGCAUUUCUAAAGGGCAACGAUCUAAAGUCUUGUUACGGCGCCGUCGCAAAAGUAGCUGACUAUUGGCUGGAUGUGUUGUACAGUAAAGGCUCAAAUAUGCCCGAUUCUGAGCUGUUCGAGCUAAUUUCUGAGAACCGAUCCAUGUCUAAGAAACUGGAGGAUUAUGGUGGGCAGAAGUCCACAUCAAUAUCGACAGCUAAGAGAUUGGCAGAGUUUCUUGGCGAUCAAAUGGUUAAGGAUGCUGGAUUGGCUUGUAGAUUUAUCAUAUCACGUAAGCCAGACGGCGCGCCAGUCACAGAAAGAGCUAUCCCCCUCGCGAUAUUCCAAUCCCCGGCCGCUGUCAAACGACAUCACUUACGUCGAUGGUUGAAAGACAACACUAUUUCAGAAGAUAUCGACAUUCGGGAUGUGUUAGAUUGGGCAUAUUAUAUCGAGCGCUUGAGUGGCGCUAUACAGAAGAUUAUCACUAUACCCGCGGCUAUGCAAGGACUGGACAAUCCAGUACCUCGCGUUCAAUAUCCAGAUUGGCUGCACAAGAAAAUGUUAGCUAAAAGCGAUAAGUUUAAAACAAGGAAGAUUACAGAUAUGUUUACUGCGAAGCCUAAGGAAGUGAGAGAUGAAAAUGAUGUGGAACCAUCAACUAGUAAUGGUCAUGAUGUGAAUGGCAUAAUAGACAUGGAAGAUAUCGGCAAAGAACACACGGAUAAAGAAAUAAGGCCGAUGGUUCACACAGUGAAAAGGAAGAGGGAAGAAUCUCCAGUGAAAGAAGCCGCCACUUGGCGGGAGGCACUUGGUCCACCCCCACCAUUUGGAAAUACAAAGGAAGAACGUUUAGCCUGGAUUGUAUUUCAAAAGAAGAAAUGGAAAUGGCAAAUAGACCAAAGAGGAUUAACUAACCGCAGUAAAAAAGGUAAAUUAGAUCAAGAUAAUGCGUUGCCCAAGACUGUUGGCGCUACAAACACUUUGGGCGGAUUUAUAAGAAGGGCACAACGCACGUUACUCAAUACGCCAUGGCAGAUAAUUCAGAUUGCGGAAACGGCUGAGCCUGGCUUAUUCCGACUCUGGGCGCUCGUCGGCAACGAGCUGCACCAGAUAAAGCUGACAGUGCCGCGCAUUUUCUACGUGAACAGAAGAGUGGCCCGCAGCGGGGACAGCGGCCCGUACUGGCGCAAGUGCAGCCGCGUGCUGCCCCGCGCGCACCCCGCCCUGCACCUGUACCAGUACACCGUGCCCGAGCAGCUCUACCGGGAGAAGCGACAAGAAUUGAUGAGCGAAUUAUCGGCUCCAGAGAUAGAGGGAAUAUAUGAAACACAAAUGAGCUUGGAGUUCAGAGUUCUCGUACAACUGGGCUGUAUUUGUACUGUAGACCAGCAAGAAGCUAGAAGAUUAAUACAGUUCGGAUCCAAUAAUAUGGAAUCGUUUACACUGAGCCAACUGCAAUUUAAAAGCGUUGCUCAUCAACCAUACCUCCAAAAACAGGACGAUGUAUCACCUAUAAAACAUAUAUUCCUGUACCAACAUUCAGCGCCCAAUUCCAGUAGAAGUAUGUGGGCUUUAGUGUUGGGACCAAUCAAACGCGCAUAUAUAUUUGUUCUGGACACGGUCAAGACUAACCAAGUCCCCAAUAUGAACACGCUAUAUUCCGCCGAAAGAACUGCAAAGAUAAACUUAGGAACGGAAGAAGCCACACUACCAGGUCCGGAACUGAGCUGGGAAGUGUCAGUGGAGACGGAGGCUCGCGCCGUGUACCGCGGGCUGCAGAGGGCGCUGCUGCGGUACCGCGACGAGAAGUGCGGGCCCACCGUGCUGGCGCUGCAGACUUCCUGGUCCACCGCCGCUCUGCUGGCUCUUAUGCCGGGUCUGUCGGAUUUCCCACUCGUGCCGCUGCACGUACGAGACGUAGAGACUCUCUACAACUCUCUGGAGUGGCAGCGGAUCGGAGCCCGGGCCAUAGUGAGGCACUAUCUCAACUUGGACUCUGUUCUGAAUCUCACUAUAGAACAAUGCAGAUACUUCCACGUGCCAAUCGGCAAUAUGCCAGCGGACCCAACGUUGUUUGGAGCGGAUCUGUUCUACGCAAGGCACUUGAUCAAGCACAACUUCGUGCUGUGGUGCUCUAAUCUGGAGAGACCGGAUUUAGGUGGAAGAGAAAUUGAUGACAAUAGGUUAGUGAGUGAAGUGGAAGACAGCAAGUCGUGUGCGGUGAGCGCGAGCGGCGCGUACGGCAGCGUGUGCGUGGAGCUCGACACGGACGCGCUGUGCGUGUGUGCGCUGCUGCAGGCGCACCACAUACUGCAGGUCGAAGGUACGAGCGUGGCUACGUCUUUCGGCGCACAACACGCAAACAUACAGGAUGUGAUGGCAAACACAGGAUCAAACGCUACAGUGAACUACGAUGAAACGGCCCAGUGCAGCGCGGCUUUCAAAAUAUUACGAACGAUGAUUGCGUCCUGGUUGAGAGACGUCACCCUGUAUAAGAACGUGUUCGCAGACUUUCAGAUAUCACACUUUUAUAGGUGGCUCAAAACGCCGACAUCGCUGCUCUACGACCCCGCGCUCCGGCGCACCCUGUACAACCUGAUGAAGAAAUUGUUCCUCAUGCUGGUGGCCGAGUUCAAACGGCUCGGUUCGCAGAUUGUAUACGCGGAUUUCAAUAGGAUAAUACUGUGCACUAAGAAGAGUACGGUUAUGGAUGGAAUUGGAUAUGUGGAGUUUGUUGUGCAAAGUAUCAGAAAUAAGGAACUGUUCCAUGGAAUCGAUAUCCGUUAUAAGCAAUGUUGGUCGUAUUUACUUUGGCUGGAUGAAGCUAAUUUUGCCGGAAUCCAGGGUAAGCUGCCAGAAGGUUUGGUUGAAGUAGGAUCCUCACAAGUGCCACAGUCUUCUGAAGAGGGAGAAGAUCACGAGAGCGCAGUGACAAUGCAGUGGAACCUCGCCAAGCAGCUGCCCGGCGCAGUGCGCGAGCACUUCAGCGGCGCGGUGGCCGGCUUCCUCAGCGCGGCGCACGCGCAGCCCGCGCGCCUGCCCGCGCUGCUCGCCAAUGACAUGUCGCAGAAGCUGUUCCAGAUCACGGAAAAGAUAAAAUCUCGUAUGCCUACUUUAAAAUUAUCCGACUUGGAUGACCAACCCGGCCUCAUGCCGGAAGCGCUAGAAGGUUGCACUCCGGCGCUGCUGUUCAUAAACGCGCUUUGUAAGGUGCUCUCGUUGGACGCGGCUUUGGAAGAAGAGGUAACAUUACUUCGUAGAAACUUACUCCGGCUGGUGGGUGUGGGUGAAUUCAACCCGUUGGGCGAAUGGAAACGCGCGGGCGCGGCUUGCGAGUUGGCCGAGGUGAUCUGCAAAGUGUGCAACCACUGCCGCCAUCUGGACCUGUGCUUGCACGCGCACCGCGACGCGAGCGACCAAGUGCCGGUCUGUUUGUGUCCAACUUGUGGAACCCCAUAUGAAAACCAAGAGCUGGAGUGGCGGCUGAUUGAGAUACUGAACCGACGAGCAAUGUCCUAUACGCUGCAAGAUUUGAUAUGUACCAGGUGUCACCAGGUAAAACGAGAUAAUCUCUCAGUUGUGUGUGAUUGCGCUGGAGAGUUCGCGCUUAUGGUUUCUGUGAAUGAAAUCAAGUCACAGCUGGCGACUUUCAAGACAAUAGCAGAGUAUUACAAAAUGCCGUUGUUACUAGAGCUUAUACAUUUUAAUUUAAAUAAUAUGUGAUAUCAGAAUAAG